AGCUUCCGGGCAGGAGGAGGCCGGGCUGGAGCAGCGGAUUCGAGCCUGUUUGUGUGACGGACCUCGCUGCUGACACAUCGGCGGAAAGUUGAUACGGAGCUGCUGGGCAAGAUGUCUGACGACGAGCAGCAAGAGCAGACCAUCGCCGAAGACUUGGUGGUGACCAAGUACAAAAUGGGGGGUGACAUUGCUAACCAGGCCUUGCGGGCAGUGGUGGAGGCAGCCAAGGUGGGGGUGUCCGUGCUGUCCCUCUGCGAGAAAGGAGACUCCCUCAUCAUGGUGGAGACCGGAAAGAUCUUCAAGAAGGAGAAAGAAAUGAAGAAAGGCAUCGCCUUCCCCACCAGCGUCUCGGUCAACAACUGCGUGUGCCACUUCUCCCCUCUGAAGAGUGACCCUGACUACACACUCAAGGAAGGAGACCUGGUCAAAAUUGAUCUUGGGGUGCACGUGGACGGCUUCAUCGCUAACGUGGCUCACAGCUUCGUCAUCGGAGCGACUAAGGAGGCACCUGUGACGGGCCGGAAGGCUGAUGUCAUCAAGGCCGCCCACCUGUGCGCAGAGGCCGCCCUUCGCCUGGUCAAACCUGGCAACCAGAACACGCAGGUGACCAAGGCGUGGAACACGAUCGCCCAGUCGUUCAAAUGCACGGCCAUCGAAGGUAUGCUGUCCCACCAGCUGAAGCAGCACGUCAUCGAUGGAGAGAAGACCAUCAUUCAGAAUCCAACCGAGCAGCAAAAAAAGGACCACGAGACGGCGGAGUUCGAGGUACACGAGGUCUACGCGGUGGACGUGCUGAUCAGUACCGGAGAAGGGAAGGCACGGGACGCCGGCCAGAGGACCACCAUCUACAAGCGGGACCCCAGCAAACAGUACGGGCUGAAGAUGAAGACGUCCCGCUCCUUCUUCAGCGAAGUAGAGAGGCGCUUCGACACCAUGCCCUUCACUCUGAGGGCGUUCGAGGAUGAAGCCAAGGCCCGGCUGGGCGUGGUGGAGUGCGCCAAGCACGAGCUGCUGCAGCCCUUCAACGUCCUGCACGAGAAGGAGGGUGAGUUUGUGGCGCAGUUCAAGUUCACGGUCCUCCUGAUGGCCAACGGCCCCUUGAGGAUCACCAGCGGGCCCCUGGAGCCGGAGCUGUACAAGUCCGAGCACCAGGUGCAGGACGCGGAGCUGAAGGCCCUGCUACAGAGCUCUGCCAGCCGCAAGACUCAGAAGAAGAAGAAAAAGAAGGCUUCCAAGAAUGCAGAGAACGCCACAGGUCAGCCGGUGGAGGAGAACGAGGCAGCGGAAUAGGCCCCCCCCCACACACACACACACACACACACGCACGCACACGCGCACACACACACGCACCGCAAACACCCCAAAGAACAGAAACCCUUCAGACAAAAUCUUGUCGGCCCCACGGCAAAGCCUGUUAAUUCCGGUCCCCACUAGCGCUUACUGCCCCAAAUUUAAAACUGGACAUUAACUGGAAAGGGCUUUUUUUUUUGUUUUUGUUUUGUUUUUUUUUGGCUGAAAAGAGCCCUUGAGAUCUGAAUCUUUCGGCUAACCUGGCCACCUCUUUGAACGGGAAUCCUUUGCACUUUUGGCCAUGAUUUGUAGCUGAAUUUCAUUGCUACUCCACUCCUCAGUUUGUCCCAGCGUCUCAAAAAUGAUGCGAUCGGUCAAAGUCGCAUCAGUUAUCCUACACUGUAGUAGUUUGCAGCAGUGUGGUGUGGACAAUCAACACACUGAGCAUUAGGAUCCAGAGCAUGCUUCGAGGACUACUGAAUGACUGAAAAACUAGUUUGAAUUCUGUUGACCAAGUAUUCCUGCAAAUGCUCACAUGUAAAAUUCGUACCUGUCUGAAUUUAUUCUUUAAAUUGCCAGCAGCCGGUUGGAACCAUUUUAGCUGAGCAAAGUGGCCAGUUCCUCUCUCUUCUGUCAGAGGCUGAAAUGAGUUCGGAGGUUUAGGCAGGCAAACGACAUUCCCACAGAGCAGUUGGAGAGAGAACGCCGGUAGGAUCCACUCUCUGUCCGUGGAGAAGGACACAGCUAUCUCGCACACACGCAUACCUACACACACGCACACACACACACACACACAUACACCCUGUUAGGGCAAAGUAAACCACAGAAUGGGCGUGUCCCGCUACUGCCAUCCCACCCUGCCUCCCUUCCUAGGGCAGUCAUUUGCUUUCUUGAGAGUCUAACUUUUAACAUACCUUGCGGAAAAGGCGCCCAUUUUGAGUCCCUAUGAAUUUGGAAAACUACGCGGGUAUUACAUUCCCCCCUAGUUUUUUUUUCUUUAUUUCCUAAAGGGUAUACCUCACUGUAGUCAGGUUGCACACCCCUCCCCCCCUCCAGUGUGAUUCUUAACUGACACCCAUUUGUUUUUGGGAACGCUUGUCUUCCGCUCCUUUUGGUUCGUCUAGGCUGGCGUGUGCUAAUUACCUUCCUUUUCUCCAUCAUGAACUUGGGCUCACUUUAGACUUCUGCAGCCACACCUCCAAAAGCACUCCCCCCCCCGCAGUUCAGCGAGACAGAUGGACUUGGUUGCCAGAUUUGAUUCGGGUCGCCAGAUUGUCAUCACAAUGUUUCAUCCCUCAUUUACAACUCGGGUGGCGAGUCGACAUGCCAGUGACCAGGGAAUGCGAUUGGCUGCAGCUGGUCGCUUGUUACCUGUUGUUGAAGUAGCAAACUGCUGUUCAGGACCCCUUAUUUUUCUUUUUUCUUUUUUUUUGGUAUUAAGGAAUUUGUUAAUUGUGUGCAGAUCAGAAUGUGGGUAAGGAGUCUGAGAAAAGGAUGAAUGUUUCUCCCUUGUUGCGAACGGUGACGUCACUUUUGGAAUUUGGGUUCACACCAUCAGUAGCUUGUUAGAGCAGUGAGCAUUGCUUUUGCACUGUCCCACAACACCAGGGGGAACCUCCUACCCUUUACUUAAACGUUAAAGAUCUGUGACAUUCAGCCGCUGCGAGCAUACGCUUUAAUUAAAGGCAAAAAAAGACCGCAAACCCAAAAUGAAGAAUUUAGCAACGCCGUUUGAAGGUCCUGUGGAGGUAGACGCAGUGUCCUGCAGUGACAGCUGAUCACCCCUACGCUUACUCCGUGGGUGCCGGAGCUACCGUCGUAAUUUCCGGGUUUCAAAUUGUACUGUAACUUGGAGCAAGAAGCCGUUAAAUGUCCCGGUAAAACGAACACGCAUUCACUUGUCGCUUUUUGAGGGGGUAGUGUUAUCCUGACAUACAUUCGCCUUUGGGUCAGACACACUGUUUUUGAAAAAGAGGCUCAGAGACAGUGUGCCGGAAUUUUUGGGUGGAGGAAGAAAACGGCCUGUCCCUUGUUUUUGUUCGUUUUUGUUCUUUGCUGAAAACGGAAAAAAAUAAUUGAAAUAAACUUUAUAAUAAUACCAAACCUA